GUGAAUGGAUUUUCAAUUCCAUGGUGAAGUCUACGGGCCCAAAGACUAAAAAAGUCGCAUUUAAAGAGGAUUCAAAAAUUAAUAGGAGCACUAGUUGUCCUUGCAUAAACGGGCCUUCAGUAGGACUCAAUUCAAUUAGCAACACUACAACUAGCCCUGGUACUAACUUUAGUGCAUCAAGGGCCCCGAAUCGUUCUCAAUCACUUCCAUAUAGCAGUUUGAGAUCGCGAAUCAACAUUUUUAAGUACAUAAGACUCGUUUCUAGCACUAGCGUGUACGCCCGAAUAUACCGUCAUUCCGACGAGGAGAGCGAGGAGAGCGGAUAUGAACUCGGGGCGUUGGAGCUUGAGUACCAUUUGAAACGAAGCGAAGGGUACACGCCUUCUAAUAAUUUAGACACCACUCCUUUACUAUGUGAACGAACCUCUGGGAUCGCUGGGAGCAGCCCUGGCAAAGUAUUUUUUACACUUAUAAAGUCCUUCAUAGCGAGCGGCAUUACUUUUCUUCCAUCGGGAUACGCAAAAUGUGGUUAUAUUGCUGGCAACCUCGCGGUUGCUUUCGUGGGCUAUAUCUGUUUCGUAGGAAUGACAAAACUUCUCUACGCGAAGGAGGCGCUAAUUGCCCAAGGACUAAAUGUGAGAAGCUUCGGAGACAUCGGCUUUCACACUUUUGGAAAGUGGGGAAGGUGGACCGUGGACUUGUCUAUACUCUUCGCUCAGCUCGGAGCAGCCUGCGCCUACUAUAACUUUAUAGGCAAUAACAUAGAAAGCAUUGUUGUUGCUUUGCUCAAGGGCCCGUGGGUUGGAGGAAACCUUUACCCUGUUGUAGUGCUAUCCGUUCUUGCCAUCACCAUUCCCUUGGUGUGUGUUCGGAAAAUUAAUAAUCUGGCCGCCACGAAUCUCUUAGCAGACGUUUUAAUUAUGCUUCCUUUACUCUAUAUUCUGUCGAGCGCAGGGAUUCAUGUGGGCCUAAAAGGAGCAGCUCCUGAUCUGAAAAAAUUAGAUGUUUUGAACACCUUCCAAUUUCUUGGCACUGCUGUGUAUGCAAUGGAAGGUAUUCCUAUGAUUAUACCUGUGGAAAGCUCCGCGAGAGAUAAGCAAGGCUUCCCAAAGCUUUUACAGCUUCUGACUAUUAUCGUAAGUGGACUGCAAAUGAGUUUUGCGACAGUUUGUUAUGUAGCUUACGGGGCACAUACGGAACCCAUUAUUACGUUAAAUUUAAAGGAGAGUUAUGAGAUUCGCGUGAUAGUCCACGUAAUAAAGUUAUCUCUCUCGUUGGCCAUACUUUUUACCAUACCAUUGAUUUGAUGUUUCCAGCCAAUAAGAUAGUUGAAAGUAUAAUUUUUGAAAAAAAAAACUUUACAGGAAUUAAAAUAUGGAAAAAUGCAGUCCGUGCUCUUUUAGUAUCUAUGUGUGCUGGAGUAGCUAUUGGCAGCCGAAACGCAAUUGAUAGUUUAGUAUCGUUUGUCGGUGCGCUUUUCUGUGUGCCCUUGGCCCUCAUCUACCCCGCUCUUAUUCACUACAAAGUUAUGCGCUCUGCAUCCCAUCAUGAGGAGCAUUAUAAACUCCAGCAAUCUACAAAUGUGGGGAUGCUUUUCGUAGGACUCACUUGUCUUGUUCUUGCUACAAGCAAGAGCAUAUCCCAGUGGGUUUCAGAGUACCGGACAGGAACAAACACUACCCUCACCGUCUGAGUUAUUUGGUGAACUACUUUCAAAGAAGGAGUUCUUAAUAAACCUUAUAAAUUUA